AUGGCGCAGUUGAGCACGGGCUGCACUAUGACACUCAGCCAAAAUCACCCUUAUCGGCUAUUCGGCAAUGCCCGACAACAUCACGUGGAGGACGCGUAUUCAUUCAGAGGGGACGAGAAAAAGGUCGACAGCAAGGACGACGAGAAGAUCGUUGCCCUCGACGACAGUGAUAUCCAAAUUCUCAAGACUUAUGGACAAGGUCCUUAUGCAAAGAAAAUUCGCGAUGCUGAGAAGGAUAUUAAAGACAUUCAGGCCCGAAUAAACGAGAAAUUAGGUGUUAAGGAGUCGGAUACUGGCCUCGCCUCUCCAAAUCUAUGGGAUCUGGCUGCUGACAGACAAAGGAUGGGAGAGGAACAUCCCUUGCAGGUUGCACGUUGCACAAAGAUUAUCCAAAAGGACCCAGAGCUGGAAAAGGCAGCGAAGGCCGUCAACGCGCAAGGUGCACAGCAAGGUCAGAAGGGAGCCGACGAGCAAGACAAAUACGUCAUCAACAUCAAGCAGAUUGCUAAAUUUGUAGUUGGACUUGGGGACCGCGUUGCCGCCACAGAUAUAGAGGAAGGAAUGCGCGUUGGUGUGGAUCGCACCAAGUAUCAAAUUCAAAUCCCACUGCCUCCCAAAAUUGAUGCCUCGGUGACAAUGAUGCAAGUCGAAGAAAAGCCAGACGUUACAUAUUCAGAUGUUGGCGGCUGCAAAGAGCAGAUUGAGAAACUUCGGGAGGUUGUAGAGACCCCUCUGCUUUCGCCGGAACGAUUCGUCACGCUAGGUAUCGACCCGCCGAAGGGUGUUCUUCUUUUCGGUCCUCCUGGCACAGGGAAAACGCUAUGUGCCCGUGCUGUCGCUAACCGCACAGACGCAACAUUUAUCCGUGUAAUUGGUUCAGAACUGGUUCAGAAAUACGUCGGUGAAGGUGCUCGUAUGGUUCGAGAAUUAUUCGAGAUGGCGAAGAGCAAGAAAGCCUGCAUUAUUUUUUUCGAUGAAGUUGAUGCCAUUGGUGGAGCUCGUUUUGAUGACGGCGCAGGAGGCGACAACGAGGUGCAAAGAACGAUGUUGGAGUUGAUUAACCAACUGGACGGAUUUGACAAUCGAGGCAAUAUUAAAAUCCUUAUGGCCACAAACAGGCCUGAUACUCUUGAUCCUGCACUAUUGCGACCCGGCCGUCUCGAUCGCCGAAUUGAGUUUUCUUUGCCAGACAACGAAGGCCGUGCUCAUAUUCUGCGAAUACACGCGCGAAGCAUGAACGUUGAACGGGAUAUUCGAUUUGACCUCAUCGCUAGGCUAUGCCCCAAUACUACAGGAGCUGAGCUCCGCUCAGUCGCUACAGAGGCUGGCAUGUUUGCUAUUCGUGCUCGCCGGAAAGUUGCUUCAGAACGCGACUUCUUGGAUGCUGUCGAGAAAGUAGUGAGACAAGGAACCAAGUUUUCGAGCACUCGAAACUAUCAUCGCCGAGCACCAGCGCCAUCCUCUGCAGAAAUGAGGGAAUUGUUGGCAAGAUAUGAAUCCACACCACCGCGACCACUGAACUUAGCUCAACUACUAUCCUACGGACAUCCGACUACCCCAGAGUCUGUCUUGUCAUCUGGGUCAUACGCGUUGGCGGAAUUGCCUAGAAGGCUCGCUACACGGAUUCGCGCUUUGGAGGCGCUUCCCUUUAUUGUAGGCACGAACCCUUACGUCACAAAGACAUUGAACGCGUUUAAGGAAGGUUUUCAAUGGUUGGCAACCCACCCUCCAGUGACAAAUCUUCGAGAAAAUGGUGAGUUUGUAGAGCAGUUAGCAGCUCUGGUUCAGCGACAUGCCAAUGAUAUACCCACCAUGGCGAAAGGGUUCCAAGAAUGCUCUCGAUACAUGUCGCCAACUCAAAUAAGCGACUUUUUGGACGGCGCCAUUCGUAACAGAAUAUCUAUCCGUCUAAUUGCCGAGCAGCACAUUGCGGUGUCGCAGUCAUUAGAUUUUCCAAGCGACCCUACCGCUUAUGUGGGUGUUGUAGACAUGAGAUGCUCCCCCAAAUCCAUGAUAAACAUGUGUGGCUCGUAUGUCACUGAAUUAUGUGAGGCCACACUCGGGGGAAGUCCUGCAAUUAUGAUAGAUGGUUAUACAGAUGCCACAUUUCCUUAUGUUCCUGUACAUCUCGAAUACAUGCUGACCGAAAUCCUAAAAAAUUCGUUUCGAGCAACUGUUGAACAUCAGGCCAAGCUUCACAACCAGAGUGCAUCUUUGAUAACUUAUCCUCCUGUCACCAUAACAAUAUCCCCACCAACUGCGAACAGUACAAAAGGAGCGACGUACUUGUCUAUGCGUAUACGUGAUCAAGGAGGAGGGGUUUUACCUUCUAAUAUGGCCCGAAUAUUUUCUUACGCAUUUACUACGGCUGGACGAGGUUCAGGAUCAAUGUCUGGGGAUGGAGGUGGACCAUACGCUGCCCAACACAUUGGUGGAAGUGCUUCAAUCGGUGGGGAAGACGACGACGCAAAUUCAAACAUUUUCGGUGAAAUCACAGGGAAAGGCCUACAAACGGGAUUGGGGACAAUAGCGGGACUUGGCUAUGGUUUGCCUAUGAGUCGCUUAUACGCUAAAUACUUUGGAGGUUCACUUGACUUUUUCUCAUUGGAAGGUUGGGGGAGUGAUGUAUACCUGAAAUUAAGAUGCUUAGACGAGGCGGGAGAUUCCACCAUUUAA